AUGGGAGUGGGCGCUUCGAUGCAACCAGAUCUGUCAAAGGAGACUGCGGAGGCGAGGAAAACGCUGAAAAAUAUGCACAGGAUUCUCAUAAUGGGAACCGAAAAUUGCGGGAAAAUGACACUUUUAAAGCGAUACAGGCGAGUUUUUGAAGAAAUUAGUUUAAAUUUGCGCAUUUUUCCAGACAAAGAUACCUCAAAUACAACAGGCUUGAGAUAUUCGCCCUAAAAAAGGUCAUGGCCAGAAAUAUAAUUCAAGGAAUGGCCGCAGUUUUGAGGACAAUGAAACAAUUGAAUCUCGUAUUUGAAGAUGACUCGCAGCAUUCUCAGAUGUACCCUGAAGAGGAAGAAUUGCCAAUUUCUCCAGAUUUUAACCUCACUGUGUCUGUGCGUGUUUGCAGGCUCUUUUUGUCCCCGUCGCUUCGCUUAAUUUGGCGGAAAUUUGGCUGAAAACACGAUUUCAGUGAUAAUUUCGCUGAUUUUCAAUUCGAUUACGUCAAAAAUGAAUGGCUGACGCUUGAAUUGAAUACAAGUUGUCGGAAACGGGUCGAAAAUGAGCGAAAUUAGCGCAAAGAUUGUGUCCAGGCUUUUGAACCACUUGCAAUAUUCCAAAAGGGGCCAGACUUUGGUCCAAAAGCCCCUGGAAUCGAAUCGGCAAUUUUGCGACAAGACAAUUUUGCAGGAAGCCGCCAAUGAAGUCAUCCGGGUAUCCGAGAAUGAUCCCGGGAUGAUUCCGUUCGAUAAGACUACGGCUAAGGCAUUGAAGAAGCUCUGGGCAAGCCCAAUCUUCCAACUGGCGUUAAAAGAGGGGGAGCGCUUCGGCAUUUUCACCACAUCUCUCGCUCAGUACAUCAAUUUCUCGCUUCCCACCAGGAUAUACAUACAAUUUGUUGCAGUUAUAUGAGCAAAUUCGGGGAUAUUAAUGUGGGUGGUGAGGAGAUUGACGAUGUGCAUCUCCUUCAUGUACGCGAGCCGACAAAGAGCCCGAAUGGAGUGACCGAAUUGAAUCUCAGGGUCGGGACUAGACCGUUCCAGUGCGUUUUCGUGCAAAAAAUGGCAAUCACAAACACGAUUAUUGUUUUAGCAUAACCAACUUGGCCGGACAACGAUCGCAACGCAGAAGGUGGUGGGAGUACUUUGAUGACAUUCAUGUGACAAUAUUUAUAUCGGCUAUCAAUCAGUACGACCAAGUGUUGAUGGAAGAUGAGACGAUUGUAAUUUACUUUGAAAAAAACAAUUUUUGCGUUUGAUGAUUUCCUUGUCACGGUCUCCAGAGCUGACAAUAUGGGCGCGGCCUCGGUCAAAUCGCGUUUUCAUGAAUUGAGCAGGUUUUCUCUGAUUUUUGUGGUCAACGGCGAUGAAAAAUGAUUGUUUGACAUGAAAUCACACUAAUUCUCACAGAAUUAAUGACGUUUCGGCGCAUUUUUCGCGGAUUUUACUUUUUCGCCUUCGCCGCCGAUCGCCGCCUAAAAACCGCACUUCUCAUUUUGCGCUUUCUAGACCGUUUUCAGACAGAAUUGGUUUUUAGAAUGAUAAAUCACGUAAAUACAAGCAUAUUGAGCGCUCGAACCGCGAAAACUACCGAAAAGCAACUGAAAUUCACGCAGUUUUAGCCAAAAACCUUCAAACGGAUAAAUGUGAUUUGCGUCUUGACCAAAUUUAACGCUCUUGAGCUUAAAAAAUUCGUAAUAGCCUAUACAAUCGGUCUAUCGAGAGACAAAUCAGAAAUUAUCGAUUUUUCGUGGCUAAUCUGGCAAAAAACAAAUUUUGCUGUUAAAAUUUGAAUUUCGCGACAAUGUAUCGCUCUAUUGGGUGGGCGCACUUGCGCCCAUUGUCAGCUCUGGAGACUGUUCUUGUAGAAUCGAUUGAAGCAAUCGAUGAGUUUGUACGGGAGAAUUGUCAACUCGCAGUUUCUCAGAAAGACCCCCAUGAUUCUCUUAUUGAACAAAUGCGAUUCGUUUGAGAAGAAAGUGAAAGAAACCAGUAUCAAAACGGCUUUUCCUGAUUAUACAGGUGACGGUUUUUAAAAAAUUGCAAAAAUUCAUUCUUUUUUUUUGCAGGAGCAGAUGAGUUUAAAGAAAGCUUUAUGUACAUAAAAGAUGCGUUCACAAGACUAUACAGUCCUGAGUUUCCUAAAGGAGAAAAGAAGAUUUACAUCCACGAGACGCGCUUGUUGAACACGAGAAGCACAUUUGAGGUCAUCGAAAAGAUUAACUAUGUUGCGAUUGAGUCGAAAUCGAGAAAUCUCGUCUGA